AUGGUGGGCAAGUGUUUUUUUCAUUACACCAGCGAACUUGCCUUCGGAAACAUCACCCAUCCCAGCAAGGAAGCGGCUGAAAUUUGGGCAUCUUUGAGAACCGAAGGGCCCAACGCCAAUGCCUGGUGGGGCAAGGGGAUCUAUACAGUCCCAUUGCCUCCUGACCAGUGGGAAAGUCGUGAGCAGCUGCUAGACAAUAAUUUCCGCAACAUGAUGCAGAGAGACAGAGACAGCGAUGAUCCACAGAAAGGUCCAGCAUAUGUAGAUAGAGAAUAUCCCAAGAGGGCAGCCUUUUGUGUCCCAAUCCUCAUCGAUCCUGCGAAUGCCUUCGAUGUCUCCAUCAGAGCCACUCCAGAAAUGGAGGCAGCAGGGAAGGAACCAGGCAGGAAUCUUGCGAACAAACUCUUGAACGAGCCGGGCAAGCCUCCUCGCUCUUGUGUGGUGCUCCGAGUGUCUGGUGAGCAUGGCGUCCAACAUGCCCGCGCACAGUUGCUGAAUACCCUGCGCCAGCGUGUGCGCCUCGCACCUGCAAACCUGGAGGCUAAGUGGAGGCUGGCUACCACACUACGACUGCGUGGCUUCUAUCAGGAGGCGUUGCCUGUGGCUCAGGAACUGGUGGAACUUUGCGAGUCAACAUAUCGUCUCGAGAGCCACUAUGGUUUCGUAAGUCGCGCAACGCUGAGUGGCAUUCUGUGCGACAUGGGCAACUUGCGGGAAGCUGAAAAGGUGCAGCGAGAAAUCCUCGAUGCCGACUUGAAAGCUUUUGGUCCUGAGCAUGAACUUACGGUCUUCUCUAUGGGGGAAUUGGCCGUAACUUUUUCAAAAAUGGAGGGUCGUGAAGGUGAAGCUGUUGAGUUGUAUCGCGAGGUUUUGGCCUUCAGAGAAAAGCGGUUGGGUCCUAGAUGGUCCUAG